CAUCUCUCCCUCUUCAUCUCUCCCUCUUCAUCUCUCCCUCUUCAUCUCUCCCUCUUCAUCUCUCCCUCUUCAUCUCUCCCUCUUCAUCUACUACCCUGCCCAUCUGUUCCACCACUCAUUCAGUUCGAGACAUUUUUCACUCACUCAAAUCUCCAACCAAUCUGAAUCCAUUUCCUUUGUAUCCUGUUUUCGAAUUCACCAUCUCAGAAGUGAGCCAAAAUGUCAUUCAUCACCCUACCCCCGGAGUUACUUCUUAAUUUCGGCGAGCAUCUUACCCGAAAGAAAGACGUCAGCGCUCUAGCUCAGACCAACCGCCACCUGCAGCAAGUGUACGAGCCGCUACUCUAUGGACGCGGAAAGCAAGACACGGCGACGGCUGACUUGCGCUUGAACAUCUCUUUCUGGGCCAGCUUUCGUGGCAAAGUGGAGGUACUCACCAACCCCGUCAAACAUGGAGCCACCUUUCGGAACUAAUGAGUCCGAGGCUAAAGAGCUGAGGUGGCCCACUAUGAAAUACCACCCAGUCUUUAUGGCCGCCAGGAAGGGUCAUCUUGAGAUCGUCAAAUUCUUUCUUGACCGAGGUUUUGAGGUUGAAUGCAGGGACUCUAAGGGCUGCUCGCUGCUUCAUCUGGCCGCGACUCAUAACCAUAAAUCCAUCGUUGACGAGCUGAUUGCAAGGAAUGCGAAUAUAUUUUCCACGAGUGAUGAUGAUCUGUCAAUCUUUUAUUUUGCCG